AUGUCAGCGACUGCUCUAUCGAGAUUAAACCCUGUUUCUCAAUUUGGGAUUCAAAGAAUCGUAGCUGGGAAAAGCAAGAGCUUCUUCUCCAUUUCCGGCGAAAGGAGACUCUUUUCUGAUAGCUCCCGGUUUCAUCUACCCGGAAGGAGGAGACAAGCCAUGGCUGCUUCUGGUUCUUUGCCGGUUUUCGGCGACGCUUGCUUGGAUGAUUUGAUUACAACUUGUUCAAAUGGUUUAGACUUCACUACGAAGCGUUCAAGUGGUGCUGUUAGCUUCACUUGUGUAGCUGCUAGCAUGAGACUUGGAGGAAAGAGAGAAGGAAUGAAGAACCGUUUGGUUUGCCGUUACUCUGCCGUUAAUCCCCUAGAGAAGACUCGUGCACUCUUUGCACCGUUGUCGAAGAGUGUUCAUACAUCCUCCAUUGCUUGCUUCUCGGUAGGACCUGCUCAUGAGCUCAACGGUGGUUCUCAAGACACUGAACUUUCAGGUUCACCACCAACUAUCACAUCUCUUAAGAGCUUGAAGCUAGUGUCGGGUUCGUGUUAUCUCCCACAUCCUGAGAAGGAAGCAACUGGAGGAGAAGACGCACACUUUAUCUGCGAAGAAGAACAAGCGAUUGGAGUAGCAGAUGGCGUUGGCGGUUGGGCAGAAGUUGGUGUUAACGCGGGUCUGUUUUCUCGUGAGCUGAUGUCUUAUUCAGUUUCAGCUAUUCGAGAGCAGGCUAAAGGUAAAGCUUCUUCUAUCGACCCGUUGUUGGUGUUAGAGAAAGCUCAUUCUCAAACCAGAGCCCAAGGCUCCUCUACUGCUUGUAUCAUCGCUUUGACAAAUAAGGGAUUAAACGCUAUUAAUCUCGGAGACAGUGGAUUCACGGUGGUUAGAGAUGGGACCACCGUGUUUCAGUCACCGGUUCAGCAGCACGGUUUCAACUUUACUUUUCAGUUAGAGGCUGGCAACGGCCCUAGCAACGGUGAUAUGCCUAACUCCGGUCAGGUAUUCACGAUUGAAGUUGAGAGUGGAGAUGUGAUUGUGGCGGGAACGGACGGUGUGUAUGAUAAUCUAUACAACGAAGAGAUCGCAGGAGUGGUGGUUAGUUCGGUUAGAGCCGGUUUAGACCCCAAGGCCACGGCUAAGAAGAUUGCUGAUUUGGCACGUGCGAGAGCCCUCGACAGAAAACGGCAGAGCCCUUUCGCAACCGCGGCUCAGGAGGCUGGCUUCAGGUACUACGGAGGAAAGCUUGAUGACAUCACCGCCGUCGUCUCCUACGUCACUCCUGCUUAA